AUGGAAAUCAGCAUCGAGGAGGCUCUGAUUGAGGACCCGCUGCACUACAAUGCUCUGGAUUCAGAGAUGGACCUCUGCCCCAGCUGCACUGACUGCUGCCCCAGCUGCCCUAGCUGCACUGACUGCUGCCCCAGCUGCCCCAGCUGCAAGUCCUGCUGCAGCUGCUGGAAACGUGUCUUCUGCUGCCUCCCUAAGCUACUCUGCCGUCUGCCCAAGCUCCCUGGCUGCCCCCUGCACAUCAAGAGAAUCCUAAUCAUCGUGGUGGUCAUUGUGCUGAUAGUUGUGGUCGUCCUGGGAGCCCUGCUGCUGGGACUGCAUGUGACCCAGGAACACACUGAGACUGUUUUGCAAAUGACCAUUGAGGGGUUGGAAGGGGAAGAGUCUCAACUGCGGCUCUCCAUGGACUGGGAAGAAGAGGUGGCGACUUUCCACAUUGAUGCAGGAACCCAUGACCCGGGCACGGUGGUGUACGACUACAGUAAUCUGCUGAUCAGCUACAAAUCCUGGCAAGGCCGAGCCUGCUACAUCACCAAGAUGGACAAGGAGAACAUUCAGGGCCUGGAUACCACUGCGAAGGCAUUCCACCAGCAUCUCCAGCUCAAGUCGCUCAUCCCGACGCCUGAGCAGGGUGAGGAGGAGGAGGAGGAGGAGGACAAAGGGUUUCCUAUGCCUCUGGCUGAUCGCUCCAUCCUGGGCACUACAAUUAACAUCCUCUGCAGCAACGUUCCUAUCUACUGGGCUUAG